AGGCAACAGUAGCGCUGCCCAGACGGACCGCCAGCCCUUUCUCCAAAGUGACUGCCACUGUCCUGGCCACCAGUCCCCUGCGCCCUUCUCCAUCCUGCAAAGCUGCUGCUGCUGAGCUGUGGGGCCCACCCUGCAGGAAUCCUGCCGACUAAGCUCCGUCAUCUGGGAAACAGGGGAAGACCUUUUACCUUUUCUAAGGAGAGUCAUGGCACGCAACCAGGAGCCUCUAACCCAAACCUCUGUCAUCAAGCUCAAGGAACAGGACUUUUACUCCUUGCGGGAUCAUUGCCUAAAAAGAGGAGUGCUAUUUGAGGAUGAGACGUUUCCUGCUGACACUUAUUCCAUAGGUCUACAGCUGCUCAAGGGCAAGAACCUCUCCAACCUAAGCUGGAUACGCCCCAAGGAUUUAUUGAAGGGUAAAUCAGAGCCUCACUUCAUCCUGGAAGGUGCCAGCAGAUUCGACAUCCAACAAGGAGAUGCAGGAGAUUGCUGGUUCCUGGCAGCACUGGGCUCCUUGACACAGAACCCACAGCAUCUGCAGAAGAUCUUGACAGAUCAAAGCUUUUCCUACCACUAUGCGGGGAUUUUCCUUUUCCGGUUCUGGCAGUGUGGCCAGUGGGUGGAAGUGGUGAUCGACGACCGCCUACCUGUCCUGAACAAGGAGUUCCUCUUUGUGCAUCCUCGCAACAAACGGGAGUUUUGGCCGUGCCUGCUGGAGAAAGCUUACGCCAAGUUUCAUGGGUCCUAUGCCAACCUGCACUAUGGCUACCUCUCUGACGCCCUGAUGGACCUCUCGGGAGGGGUGGUCACCAACAUCCGCCUGCACUCCUCCUCGUCUGACCUAAUGAUGAUGGUGAAGACAGCAGCCGAGGCAGGCUCUCUCAUGACCUGCGGCACCCUGGCCGGGCCCACCAGUGAGUCCACGAUGAUGAUGAAUGGGCUGGUGAGUCGGCAUGCCUACACGGUGACUGGCGCCGAGAAGAUUCAGUACAGGAAGAGCUGGGAAUAUCUUAUCCGCCUGUGGAACCCCUGGGGCAGGAUGGAAUGGAAAGGACCCUGGAGUGAUGGGUCUCCAGAGUGGCAGGAAACCCAUGACCCACGGAAAAGCCAACUGUAUGAGAAUAAGGACAAUGGCGAGUUUUGGAUGUCAUGUCGAGAUUUCCAAGAGAACUUCUCCUGCCUAUUUGUAUGUAACCAAGUUCCAAUCAGCCUGGACCAUGGAAACACGCCCCAUGAAAGAUGGUCCCAAGUGACGCUUAAGAACCACAUAAUCCCAGGAAAUACUGCAGAACCCCAGAGGCAGCACGUCUUCUCUGUGCCAGACAGCAUGGAAACCAACAAUGUCAUCGUGUCCUUCAACAUCAAGCCACAAAAUGUAAAGGCAAAAGGCAGGACCUUUCCACUAAAGUUCGAGGUGUUCAAGGUUGACUCUCAGUUCCAGCUCUUCGGAGAGAGGUUGCCGUCCACCUUUUUUUCCACGUUCAGAAUUGCCGAGAAGGGCAUCGUUUCUGAAACCACGCGCAACCUUACCGAGUGCUUCAGCCUGAGCCCUGGGACCUACGUGGUGGUCGUCUCCCCAGAUAGAGAAGCAGUUGAGUUCCUGCUCCGCAUCUUCCUGAAGAUGCCGGACAGUGACAGGAACCAGGACAGCAAUCUCAACCUCAGACCACUGAAGAUCCAGGCAAGUCUUCCAGAAAAUGACACCCCACAGAGCAUGUUCUACAGAUACGCUCAGCAGGGACCGUUCUUGGACGCUACCCAGCUUCAGAGUCUCCUCAACCAGGAAUUCCUGAAAGGAUCUCCAGGGGACACAUUCUCUUUGGAUGAGUGCCGGAGCAUCGUGGCUCUGAUGGAUCUGGAGGUGAACGGGCGGCUUAACGAACAGGAGUUUUCGAGGCUGUGGCGCCGUCUUGUCCACUGCCAGAGUGUUUUCUGGAACGCCCAGAAGAACUCCGGAGUUUUCCUGAGCUCAGAUUUGCAGAAGGCCAUACAGGACACAGACUUCCUUGCAGGGGUCUCUGUCACCAGCGAGCUUCUGGACCUCAUGAGCCUCCGUUACAGCGACAGCACCGGCAGGGUCAGCUUCCCCAGCCUGGUCUGCUUCCUGAUACGGCUCGAAGCCAUGGCCAAAGCUUUCCAGAAUCUCUCCCAGGAUGGAAAAGGACUCUACCUGACAAAAAUGGAGUGGAUGAACCUGGUGAUGUACAACUGAAGCAAGCAGUAGAACAGACCCCAGAGCCCAGGACAAGUCCCAAGAAUCUGGCUCCUGUUCCAGUGGGCUGUGCCGCUCCCGUGGGUGUGCUGUGUCAAAGCCUGCCCUGCCUGGAACAUAGUCAAAGCCACCUUUGAGGAGCCUAGGCUGGGUCCUCGGCCGGGUCAAGCUCUGGUGAACCUGAGGUCACCGAACAAGUCAUCUGAACACUUUGGGACACCAGCCUGGACUCCCUGGAGAAUGAAGCCAGAGAUGUUCCCUUGUGGGGAAUCAGGAGAGAGGCUGCAUCUCAGACCCCUCCCAUUAGGCCACCCCAUUUCUUGGAAAAGCCAGAAGGAACCAGCCUGCCCACCCACAGGGCGCUGUGCGUGACACAAGAGCAGUCCGUCUGGCAUUUGCAGAAUUAAUCAUACCCUCCACUGUCUGAAUCCCAACUGUUUCACAGCCAAAUGGCAAAAUAAAACAUGGUUCUCAGAAA